AUGAACUGGGAAAUGGAACCCUUAUCUCCUGCAUCAUAUUUGAUUUCCUCAAAUUGGUUUUUUGAGGAGAACAAGGGGACAAAAUGGACACCUGAAGAGAACAAGAGGUUUGAGGAAGCUCUUGCAUUAUUCGACGAGGAUACUCCGGAUCGAUGGGACAAUGUUGCAGCUAUGAUCCCUGGAAAGACUGCAAGUGAUGUGAUCAAACAGUACAUUGAAUUGGUAGAUGAUGUUAGUGAUAUAGAAGCAGGGCUAUAUCCAACACCAGGAGGGAAGAGGAAUUCAUCGGCUCGUUCUUCUGAUCAUGAAAGGAGAAAGGGAGUUCCAUGGACUGAGGAAGAACACAGGCAAUUUCUGUUGGGGCUCAAAAAGUAUGGAAAAGGAGACUGGAGAAAUAUCUCUCGGAAUUUCGUAACGACAAGGACUCCGACUCAAGUUGCCAGUCAUGCUCAGAAAUACUUUAUCAGGCAACUUUCUGGAGGGAAAAAUAAAAGAAGGUCCAGUAUACAUGAUAUCACUACUGUCAAUCAUACAGAGACUGAAUGGACCUUACCAGAAAAAGAUGGGCCUCAUUCACCACAGAAACAGAAUUCAAGUAUGAAUGCCAAGAUCAAAGUAGAACAUGAUUCUAAUUUGCCUAAUCAAGGAUUCAAUCUGCCAAAUUGCAGCUUAAUCAGGACGCAUCUCAGAGGGACUGCUCCAUUUGGAUUAAAUCUGCACGAUCUACAUAUGCAGAGUGUUACAUCGAAUGGACUCGAGUUAGGACAUCCCAGUGCAAUUUUUCAGAUGUAG